AUGGACGUCAAGACGAUCGCCGCCAAGUAUGGAGGUCUACCAGCGCGUGUGGUGGCUCGAGCAGAGGAGAACUGGCGCGUGACGAGCGCCAAGAAGUCGGCAGCGCUAGAUCCGUUUGCUGGACCUGUUGCGUGCAUUUUGGUGGCGGCGCGGGCGCUGGAGGAGCCUGUGGACAAGAAGCGGUUGGCAAAAUGCGCAGGCGCCAAUAGCAGAUUAGUGGAGCCCACAGUGCGCAAGGUGGUGGACGCAGUGGGUGUCCGCACAGUAGUUAAGACGACGCCGGCUGCGCUAUGCAUUAAAUUCGGUUGUGAGGCAUUGACGGAGAUCGUGCAUCGAGUCCUGGACGAAUAUCGCGCGUAUCUCGCAAAGGUGGCUGCUGCGAACCGGAAAAAGAAGAGCAAGCAUCCGCUGGGACCAGUGGUGGCCACAAUGAAUGGUCAAGACCCAGUAUUUGCAGCGGCAUGUUUGUUUGCAGUUACCAAGCAGGCAAAGAUGAACGUGAACCAAGAAAAACUGCUGGAAGCUGUGUGUGGUAAUGUAAAGGAAUUCAACGCGAUCGUGUCUUCUAUCGAAGCCCAAUGUCAGGCAUCGUUGAGCGGCGCGAUCAUGGAUCGAAAGAAGCGUCGGAGCUUGGCAGGAGAGAGAGCAGCCAGGAAACUCGUAGAGCAGCAUCGUCUCGAGCAACUGGAAGAGGAGGAGCGUGCAAAACGACAGAGGACGAGCCUUGACGGUGAAAUGGCCUCUCCACCUACGACAUUGGCGCAACAGCGUGUUUUGCAGCGAUUGCGAGCAUCUCGUGGGGGUGCAACAACCGCACGAAGUUCAGUGUCUUCUAGGAAAGGAGUGGUUGCAGCCACGCCAGCAGAGUAUGCCGAGUGGAGGGCAAUGGCGCUAGAGUUCAUGCGCAACAAGAAGGAACAGGAGACGGCGGGGAAGAGUGACGCUCGGCCCACAAUCUGA